GAGAGCAAAGCCAAGGAGAAGAAGCAGAAGCGCCUGGAGGAGCGAGCAGCCAUGGACGCCGUCUGCGCCAAGGUGGAAGCCGCCAACAAACUCACAGAUCCCCUCGAAGCUUUCCCGGUUUUCAAGAGAUACGACCGGAACGGCGAGCGCGCCUGGUCCCUGAUCGCCCCCGAGCCCGACGCCGGCCCCGUCGCCUUCUCCCACUUCCGCUUCGACGUCGAGUGCGGUGACGAGGUUCUCUACUGCUAUGAGGUGCAGCUGGAGAGCAGGGUCCGGCGGCGAGGACUGGGCAAGUUCCUCCUCCAGAUCCUCCAGCUGGUGGCCAACAG